AUGGGAAAGUUCAGAAAAAGAACCAAGCGUAUAAAUCGAACCAUCAAGUCUACCAUUGCAGACAAUCUUCAAGAUGGAGAAGGAAGUGAAGAAUUAAACCCGGUUAUGGAUGUGGAAGAUGAUCAUGAAAGCGAUAAAUUAAGUACCAUCUAUUCUACGACCUCACGGAUGUCGGUGAAUAAUUUGACUAAAAAAGAGAAAAGGCAGAUCAAGAAAGAAAAUUGGGCCAGGCGCAUCGAAGCAUAUUAUACAACCAGAAAAGAAGACAUCCAGGCUGCUAAAAGAAGGAAAACUCCUGUUGUUGGUGAUUUACAACCGUUACAGAUGGCAUUACCAACGUUGGAGGAAUUAAUUCGAGAAAGUCAGAAUAUACCCAAGAGUAAAGAUGAAAAAACUAGCAAACCACUUCAUAAAAUGAAAAGGAAACAGAGACAAAGAGGAUUAGCCCGUGAAAAGGAGAUUUUUUCGCAAGUACUCAGCCAUCCUGCAUUUUCUAGUGACCCGCUAUGUGCAAUUAAUGGUCAUCUGUCAAUGGUCGUUCAAUCUGAAAAGAACCAGGAGUAA